CCUCCCCUCCCCUCGGCUCCCCGCCCGGCUCCCUCCGCCCUCUCAGGGCUCUGUUGGCGGCGGAGUGAACGGGACCGACCCGGCUGCAGAGCGCGCGCGGCGUUGGGGCGCGGGCGCCCGGCAGAGUUGUUGUUCUGGCAGCGCCCCCGGAGACGUGAAGAAGUGAGGGAGCUGAGAAUUCAAGAAUGAAUGAAGUAUGGUUGCUCUCCAGGGGAAAUAAUUACAACUGAUGAGUUUUUCCAGGUGGAUGUGGGAGAGCGAGGUUUGCAGAACUGAAAUGGAGGUCAGAGCUUCAUUGCAGAAGGUUAGUGGGUCAUCUGAUUGUGUGGCUGCAAUGAACAGUGAAGGAUUUGUUUUGAUUCCUCAGCAAGCAGAUGAUACUUCUGCAAAAGAGGAUGACAAGCCUCAACUGAAGAUUGUUUCUAAUGGAGAUGAACAAUUGGAAAAAGCCAUGGAAGAGAUUCUGAGAGAUUCUGAGAAAGGGCAAAGCAGUCCUCUUGUUGAUUGUCAAAGUUCCAGUGAGAUAGCAGAUUAUUCCAUUGGAGAUGUUCCAGCAAGCCAGACAUAUAAGCCUUCUCUUCAGUUAAUUUUGGAUCCAUCUAACACAGAAAUUUCCACACCCAGACCAUGUUCUCCAAGUGGAAUCCCUGAAGAAGACAGUGUUUUAUUUAAUAAACUGACUUACUUAGGAUGUAUGAAAGUUUCUUCUCCACGUAAUGAAGUGGAGGCUUUACGGGCAAUGGCAACCAUGAGAUCUUCUAGUCAGAAUCCCUUUCCUGUUACUCUGUAUGUGCCAAAUGUUCCAGAAGGUUCUGUGAGAAUCAUUGACCAAUCCAGAAAUAUGGAGAUAGCAUCUUUUCCGAUUUAUAAAGUCUUAUUCUGUGCACGUGGACAUGAUGGGACAACAGAGAGCAACUGCUUUGCAUUUACAGAGAGUUCUCAUGGUUCAGAAGACUUUCAGAUACAUGUUUUCUCCUGUGAAAUUAAAGAGGCAGUAAGCAGAAUUUUAUAUAGUUUCAGUACAGCUUUCAAACGUUCUUCCAGACAAACAUCUGAUGUUAAGGACUCGAUUAUUCCUACCCCCGACAGUGAUGUGUUUACCUUCAGUGUUUCUUUGGAGGUAAAGGAAGAUGAUGGGAAAGGAAACUUUAGUCCUGUGCCUAAGGAUAGAGAUAAAUUUUAUUUCAAAUUAAAGCAAGGAAUAGAGAAGAAGGUUGUGAUCACAGUGCAGCAACUUUCUAACAAAGAAUUAGCUAUUGAAAGAUGUUUUGGAAUGUUAUUAAGCCCAGGUCGAAACGUGAAGAACAGUGACAUGCAUUUACUGGAUAUGGAAUCCAUGGGGAAGAGUUAUGAUGGGAGAGCCUAUGUUAUUACUGGCAUGUGGAACCCUAACGCACCAAUAUUUCUGGCACUUAAUGAAGAGACACCAAAAGAUAAACGAGUAUACAUGACUGUGGCAGUGGAUAUGGUAGUCACAGAGGUGGUAGAGCCUGUCCGCUUUCUCCUGGAGACAGUAGUUCGUGUGUACCCUGCAAAUGAGCGAUUUUGGUAUUUCAGCAGGAAGACUUUUACAGAGACUUUCUUCAUGAGGUUAAAACAGUCUGAGGGAAAAAGCCAUUCCAGUGCUGGAGAUGCAAUAUAUGAGGUGGUGAGUUUACACCGAGAGUCUGACAAGGAGGAACCAGUCACUCCUACUAGUGGAGGGGGUCCAAUGUCACCUCAAGAGGAUGAAGCAGAAGAAGAGAGUGAUAAUGAACUCUCAAGUGGAACAGGUGAUGUGUCUAAAGAUUGUCCUGAGAAAAUCCUGUAUUCUUGGGGAGAGUUGCUAGGAAGAUGGCACAGUAACCUUGGUGCACGACCUAAAGGGCUCUCCACCUUGGUGAAGAGUGGUGUUCCUGAAGCAUUGAGGGCAGAAGUAUGGCAGUUACUAGCAGGCUGCCAUGACAACCAGGCAAUGCUGGAUAGAUACCGAAUUCUUAUCACAAAGGACUCAGCACAGGAGAGUGUUAUAACACGAGAUAUUCACCGUACAUUUCCUGCACAUGAUUACUUCAAAGACACAGGAGGAGAUGGUCAGGAGUCACUCUACAAGAUCUGCAAGGCAUACUCUGUAUUUGAUGAAGACAUUGGGUACUGUCAAGGACAGUCUUUUCUUGCUGCAGUAUUGCUGUUGCAUAUGCCAGAGGAGCAAGCAUUCUGUGUUUUGGUGAAAAUCAUGUAUGACUAUGGUUUGCGAGACCUCUACAAAAAUAACUUUGAAGAUCUUCAUUGCAAAUUCUAUCAGUUGGAGAGACUAAUGCAGGAACAGCUACCAGACCUGCACAGCCGCUUUUGUGACCUGAACCUGGAAGCCCAUAUGUACGCAUCCCAGUGGUUCCUCACCCUCUUCACUGCCAAGUUCCCACUCUGCAUGGUGUUCCACAUCAUUGACUUGCUGCUCUGUGAGGGAUUGAAUAUAAUCUUUCAUGUGGCUUUGGCUCUCUUAAAGACCUCCAAGGAAGAUCUUCUGCAAGCUGAUUUUGAAGGUGCUUUAAAGUUCUUCAGAGUUCAGCUUCCAAAGAGAUACCGAGCAGAGGAAAAUGCAAGAAGAUUGAUGGAGCAGGCUUGCAACAUCAAAGUACCAACCAAAAAGCUGAAGAAAUAUGAAAAAGAAUAUCAGACAAUGCGGGAGAGCCAGCUGCAACAGGAAGACCCAAUGGAUAGAUACAAGAGGGAGAACAGAAGAUUACAGGAGGCCAGCAUGAGAUUGGAGCAAGAAAAUGAUGACCUUGCCCAUGAGCUCGUAACCAGCAAGAUUGCUCUGCGGAAUGACUUGGAUCAGGCAGAAGAUAAGGCGGAUGUGCUCAAUAAGGAGCUCCUUCUGACCAAGCAGAGGCUGGUGGAGACAGAGGAGGAGAAGAGGAAACAGGAAGAAGAGACUACCCAGUUAAAAGAAGUCUUCAGGAAACAGCUAGAGAAAGCAGAAUAUGAAAUAAAAAAGACCACAGCUAUCAUCGCUGAGUAUAAACAGAUCUGUUCCCAGUUAAGUACCAGGCUGGAAAAACAGCAAGCAGCCAGCAAGGAGGAGCUGGAAGUAGUAAAGGGUAAAAUGAUGACAUGCAAACACUGCAGUGACAUUUUCAGCAAAGAAGGUGCUUUGAAACUGGCAGCCAUAAGCAGAGAGGACCAGGGAAUUGAAGCAGAUGAUGAGAAGGACUCGCUCAAGAAGCAGCUGCGGGAGAUGGAGCUGGAACUGGCACAAACUAAACUGCAGCUGGUAGAGGCCAAGUGUAAAAUCCAGGAACUUGAACAUCAGAGAGGAGCCCUUAUGAAUGAAAUCCAAGCUGCAAAAAACUCCUGGUUUAGCAAAACCCUGAACUCUAUUAAAACGGCCACGGGCACGCAGCCCCUGCAGCCACCUCAGGCUGCCCAGCCACCCAAGGAGAGUACAUAGCUCCAGCCUCGCUUGAGCACAAGAGCACAAUGAUCAAAGCGAUGAAGACCUAGGACUAUUCCUGGGGUCCCUUUGAAGGAGACCAGAAAGCAAUCCAGAAUCUUCCAGUAGCUGUCUCUUCUAUGACACUUUCCAAAGGGAUGUUAUUUAAAUUGACCUGAUUUAUGUCAAAUACCUGUUUUCCAGCUUCUUCAGUGGAAGGCCAUGUUCAGAUCCACCAUAGUAUUGCAAUUAUUUUAUAUGCCUGAUAUUUAGUUGGAAAUUAGUAACUCAGAACUAUAUGCUUUUUAUUUAGAACUAAUAUUCCUAAUAAUUUCUAUCUUAUGUAAAAUUGGAGACAUCUGUUAUACUAAAGUAGAAGAGAUAAGAUCUUUGCCAUGGAAAAAAAUUUUUUUGAAGCUAAACUUCUUUAACUUUCCAGGAUUUCUUCAGACAAAGCACACUGUGGGGCUGGUCAUGACCACUGUCAGGUCUCAUCCUGAAAUUGAUUCCCAGGGUGGCAAAAUUCCUGUCCCAAGAAAAGAACAGACCAGGGACUGCGAGGUCUCCAAUAAGACUUUGGUUUAUUUCCACUUUAUGUCAGGUACGUCUGGAAACAAAGUGCCAAGAACUGUGGGAUAGAUGAACUUUGAGAACACACACCAUAUAAGUGAAGCUGAGGUGUUGAUGAACACACAAUAAAAUUGUUUUAGCUCUGGUAUUCUAGCAGAUCUUUUU